AUGGAGAGAGCUCGUCGUGAAUGUAUAUCACACGGCAUUGCCCGUGUUCCGCGAGCGGCGGUUGCAGGCGCGGGGCUCGAGGCUGGGCGAGGACACGCCCCACCUUGCAUCGCACCCAUCACCGCAGCUCGACAGGCUGCGGCGGCGGCGGCGGCGGCCCAAACUAUCUGGCGUCCAUGGGCGUGCCAACAAGCGGGUAGCAGCACUGCCAGGGGUCCCUCGCAGCGGCCAGCACGUGUGCGCGAAGCUGCAGCAGAAAUAUUAGAAAAAAUUGACAAACCACAAGAACAGAUACAUCCACCCAUAACACUGCCAGUGAAGGAAGAAAAGGAAGAGUCACCACUUUGCCCUAUAAAGGAAAAAUCAGUGUUAUUACCAGCAGAAGAACCAGUGUUGUCACCUCCAGAAGAAGAAGUUGUGACACCACCAGCUGAAGAAGAAGCACCACCUUCAGAGAUCCUGCAGCCAAGAUAUGGGAGAGGAGAGAGAAGAAAGAAACAGCUAAAGGACCAGGAUUUUGUAUACAAUGAAGCCAGCAGCAGCCGACCAAUUCACAAGAGGCAACCACCUGCAAGAAGUCAGGAUUUUUGUUGGCCCCAGAUCAGCAACAGCACACCAUAA